GUCUCCCACCGCGCCACAUGGACUCGGUCGUUGCGAUCGUGGAAGCCCCCGCAGCGACUGACCCCGACGUCACCGGCACUGUGCCGGAGCUGGCGCGGGCGCUGGGUGGCUGCAGCACCCCGGGGUGCCGCGCGGUGCUGGGAGAGCCACCCGAUGUCCCACCAGCCCCACGAACGCUCAGCCAGUGCCCGGCCAUCGUGCCCCGGUGCAUGUGGGGUGCCCGUCCCUACCGGGGCACCCCCAAACCGUUGACCCUCCCCUUGGGCUCUGUCUACAUCCACCACACCUUCAUACCCAGCACCCCGUGCCGCACCUUCGCCGCCUGCGCCCGGGACAUGCGCGCCAUGCAACGCUUUCACCAGGACACCCGCGGUUGGGAUGACAUCGGCUACAGCUUCGUGGUGGGGUCGGAUGGGUACCUGUACCAAGGCCGAGGUUGGCACUGGGUUGGUGCCCACACCAAAGGCUACAACAGCAAAGGCUACGGCGUGAGCUACGUUGGAGACUUCUCGGCCACCUUGCCGGACCCCGAUGCCAUCGCCCUGGUGCGGGACAGGCUCCUGCCCUGCGCCGUGCGGACCCGCCGGCUUCACCGCAACUACACCCUACGUGGCCACCGCCAGAUGGGCCUCACCGACUGCCCCGGCAACUCCCUCUUCCAUGAGAUUGAGACCUGGCACGGCUUCGAGGUGGGCCCCAAGCUCUGUGGCAUCUCCAGGGGUCGGGAGGUGCCGCGGUCGGGGUUGUCUGGUCUG